GGGGCAGCCGCCCGCCGUACUCUAGUCCCAGGACCCGCGUGGGGGCCGGCGCGCGGCGGCGCGACGGCCCGGUGGGAGGGGCUGCUCCCAGAUCCCCAGAUCAGCGCUGGGUCCCGACGCCCGACGCCGACAAAACACGUUUCAUUAGAUGUUCCGCGUCGCGGGCCACGCGCUGGACGGCGUCACCGGACACGCGCCGACCGCCGCCGCCCGCUGGACGCCGGACCCGGUCGACGCCCUGAAAGUAGAGCCGGAGCCCUCGCCCAACUCAUCGGCGGCGGACGUCGCCUCGCCUAGAAACAACGCCCGGCGGGCGACGCCGCCGCGGGCCCAGACACCACCACCACCACCAACAAACCUGCCGCCGUCGCCCAUCUGGUGCUCGGCGUCGCCGACGCCGCGGUCGCCCGAUGCCUUACCGUUGGUGCGCCCCUGGCCGCGGCCGCCGACGCUGCCGGACCUCCCAAUGAUGCCGGACCUCGCGCGGCCGGCGUCGGGAUCGUUCUCCGACGACGGCGCCGACGCCGCCCCGCCGCCGACCUCGCGGGCCCGUGCUCGGACGGUCUCGGACUGCCGGCGGCCGUCGGUGCUCACGCGCGAGCUCGCGGACCUCUCCGUGUCGAUCUCGACGACGCGGAAGCGGCGGCGCGCGCGGUCCUGCGACGACGACGGCUGCUGGGGCCAGUUCCUCGAACUUUCCGGGGACGAGAACGACCGGCCGCGCAAGCUGACGAUCAGCCCGGCGCUGAAGAUCGGCUCCUGGCCGCCGCGCGCUGUAUAG